CCACUAAGCUCAGCUCGGUGGCGUUUUCAUGUCAACAAGGAGCCGAGGCUCAGGUCGGUGUGAAGGAGGAGAGAGGAGAGCUGGAGGCGCCACCAGGAAGGCCUUAGAUUAACGUUUAGACCUCCGUCUGGCUUCAGCGUUUUAGUUAAAACAGAGAAGAAGAAGAAAAACAGGCCAGAGGAGACAUUUACCAACGUGUGCUUCCGUCUCAUUGGUGGAGAAAAGGAGGGAUCCAUGGAGCUGGCCAAUGAAAGCAAGGAGCGCAGCGAUCGGACGGUGCCUGAUGGAGGAAAAGAGGAGGAGGAGGAGGAGACGGUGCGAGGAGUUCAGGCCCAGUACCUGCGCUGCCCGUCUCCCAGGUAUGAAGAAGAGUCCUGCUUCUCCACGGCCUCAGACUCCAGGUUCUCCAUGAUCUCCGGCUCCGACGCCGCCAGCAUCUUCAUGGAGCCCAUCCACCUCUCCUCGGCCGUCGCUGCCAAGAAGAUCAUCAACGAAGAGCUGCCGCCCCGGGCCGUCCGGACCGAGUCCAUCCCAGAGUCCAUGCUGGAGUCGGCCGAGCAGCUGAUGGUGGAGGACCUCUACAACCGCGUCCGGGACAUGAUCGACGACCGCAGCGCCUACAACACCCCCUGCGUGCUGGACAUCCAGAGAGCCAUGAUCCAGGACCGCCUGGAGUCUCCCAUCAACCCCGUGGACGAGGUGUGGCCCAACAUCUACAUCGCUGAGAAAUCCGUCGCAGUGAACAAGGCCCGUCUGAAGAGAAUGGGCAUCACGCACAUCCUGAACACCGCCCACGGCACCGGGGUCUACACCAACGAGUCCUUCUACGCCGGCAUGAACAUCCAGUACAAGGGGAUCGAGGUGGACGACUUCCCUGACGCCGACAUCGCCGCUCACUUCCGGCCCACGGCCGAGUUCCUGGACGAGGCUCUGCUCACGCACAAAGGAAAAGUCCUGGUCGUCUCCAUGAUGGGCGUCAGCCGGCCCGCCAUUCUGGUGGCGUCCUACCUGAUGAUCUUCCAGAACAUGACGAUCAUGGAGGCCCUGACCGCCAUCCGGGAAAAACGCGCCGUCAACCCCAACGAGGGCUUCCUGAAGCAGCUGAGGGAGUUCAACGAGAACCUGCUGGAGGAGCGCGAGGACGACGACGAGACGCUCAGCCAGUGCUCCGUGAUCGAUGCUCGCGCCCGCGCCCGGAUCUUCGGUGAGGCGGAAGGAGACGACGACGAUGAUGAGACGGAUAAAGAGGAAGAGCAGAGCAUGGUGGGGGUGAAGGCUCGGUCCAUCAUGAUGGAGGAGGAGGAGGAUUCAGAGAGCGUGAUGAGCAGCGUCGCUUCUUCUGCAGCGGCGGCGGCCCUCCGCAGUGGACUGAUCCAGAACGGCGUUCAGAGCCAGGAGUCGGGUCAACAGGAGAUAGUCCUGCCGGACCAGACGGCCAGGGAGGACGGAGGCGAGGAAGAUGACGACGACGGCUUGGACAGCAUGAUCCGCGAGUGGCAGCGCAGAAAUGAGCGGUACCAGAGCGAUGAGUGGUGGGAGGCCCAGCUAAACGGCGAGGAGGAGGAGGACGGGGGCUCUGUCAAGAAGACGAAGCAAGAAGACGGCGAAGCGGAGAGCGUCACCAGCGAGGACAUACGAGCUGUUAAAGAGAGGCUGAAGAAAAGAAACAAGAGAGCGUCCUCGGACGCCAUGUCCACCUCCAGCUGCACGAGCUACUCCGACCUUUGGAAGCAGCGUCUGAAAGAGAUCGAGGAACAAGCCGCGGCUCGCUACCGCAAGAAAGAGGACGAGGACGGCGGCGAGAGCACGGCUACGGAGGGAGGACACAGGAACAUGGACGUCGAAAUCGACAGCAUCCUCUCUGACUCCAGCUCCAUGUACAACUUCUGCCAGAAGAACAAGGAGAAGAUGACGCCUUUGGAGCGUUGGCGCGUCAAGAGGAUCCAGUUUGGCUGGAACAAGAAGGACCGAGAGGACGGAGAGAAAAGCUCUGUGGCCGACGGCGAGGAGGAGCCCAGGGCGCCGCCGUCCUUCCAGGACGUCAACCUGACGGCCUACCAGGCGUGGAAGCUGCGGCAGCAGAAACGUCUCGGCGAGGAGAACACCGAUGAGAUUCUGGAGCUGAGCCGCGGCGAGGACUCCGCCGCCAUCAAACGGCGGCAAAGACGCGAGGAGAUUCUGGAGCGCUCGAAGAAAACCUUGGAGGAAAGUCAGUCCCUGUGUGGGGACACAGAAAGCUGCGUCAGCGGUGGAACCAUACCGCUGUCGGCUUUCUGGGCCGGAGCCGGCGUCACGGCACCGCCGAGUGUGGCCAACGACGACAACGUGUCCAUGCUGAGCGGCAGAUCGUCCGCUAUCUCCUCGGUUUCACAGCCUCGAAGCACCAGGUACGCUCAGUCCGCUGUCCAAGCGGUGCCUCCGAUCCUCCCGGUCCCAACGGUGCAAGGGCCUGGAGGGGAACCGAUGGUGAACCUGGCCAGCAUACAGAACUGGAUCGCCAACGUUGUGACUGAAACGAUCAAGCAGAAGCAAAGCGAGAUGAGCCUGCCGCCGCCGUCCUGCGCCGGGUCUGAGCUCAGCUUCGGCGCAGCGCCGAGCAUGCUAGCCGGCCGAGGCUUGGAGGAUGACAGAGCCUCCUCGCUGAGCGGGGCGUCGUACUCCAGCGCUUUCUCCAAGGGCCGCGGCAGAGCAACGUCCGUCCUCUCGGGUCCGGCGUCGAGCAGCGUCUCCGGUCUGAGCGGGCGACACUCGACUAUUGGUUCGGACGUAGGCUCCAAGAAAAGCAAGAUCACCACCACCAGCGUUCCUCUCUUCAGCCUCUUCCAAGACCAGGUGAACCUCGGCAAACUGGAUGCCAUAGAGAAGGAGAUCAAGUCCGAAAUGAGGGGCAAAAUGGAAACCUACGAAAAGAAGAAGAUCCUGGAAGACAACAAACGCAGCACUCUGUACAAGAAAAAGAAGCCAAAGGAAGACGAGGACGAGGAACAGGACAGAAAGAGGAAAGAGGAGGAGUUUCUGGAGGAAACAAAGAAGAAGGAGAAGCCGAAGCGGAGUUACGGCCUUUCCGGCUGCCUGAAUCUCAACCCGGCUUUGGAGAAAGACAGGAACACCAGCAUCGACGACUGGCUAAAAAGCGUGAGGCCUCCUUCAAAGAAGUUGUCCUCGGCUGGCGAAGCCGAUCCGUCUCAGGAUCCGUACGACGAUCUCGAAGCCUCCGCUUCCGAGUUUGACUUCUCGAGUCACAGAGGCUCCUAUGCUGAAGAAGAAGACGAUGAGGGAACGUUCGGCGUACCGUCCAGAUAUCAGCCGAGGUUCCAGGAAGAUCCAUCGAGCGACGAUGCCGACUACUCCUGCAAUGGCUUCACCCACAGGUUGAGCCGAGCAGGGAGAUCCUACGGAGCCUACGAGGAGAGCGAGGAGGGAGCAGAGAGCUUCUCAGCCAGCAGGAGAUCCGCUCGUCGUUCACGAAACGAGGGCAGCGAGACAGAAGGGAGCCGAAGGAGGACAGAGGAGGCUGCCGAAGACGAGGAGGACGACAUCGCCACCUUCAUCGCUCAAACCAGACAGAGGAUCAGGGCCCGGGCGGCCGCGGAGGCCGAGGACGACGAGGUCCUGGCGGCAUGGAGGGCCCAGCAGGAAGCAAAGUCCCAACGCCGAAUCUUGGAACAUGAAGAAUGAGAACUUUGGCUGAAUUAGUCCGCCC